AAGGAGUCGGUUCUAAGAGCCGGGUCGUCCGGGAUCAGACCUCUGUAAGACUCUCACCACCAAGCAGCUGAGGUUUUGUUCACCAUGUUGGAGCAACUGUUCGGCGUAGUUACCGUGUGACCGACACUUUAACCAUGUCAGCGGCUCCACCGGAGCAGCGAGGGCCCCGAGAGUAGCGCGUCAGCCGGGGGAGCGUCCUCCUCCCUGCAGCAGGCUCACCGACACUCGGAGACACGGACACGGACGGAGGGACGGACUGGUGUUUUGAUUUGAGGAUAACACGGACACAGAUUAGCUCCAAGCUGUCAGCUGAGCACCGCCGUCUCCGGUCCAGCUCCUGGCAGCAGCAGGAGAACUGAUCCCGCAUUAACAGGAUUCACUUUUUCCCCGCACUGUUUAAGCCUCUCUGGAGGUGUUUCCAUCCCGGGGGAGGACACACACCGAACACCGGGCUGCUGUCGAUGGGGGAUAGAAGUAGUCUCCUCGAGUAUCUCUCCCGUGUUGUGGGUCAUGCUGGAAGCUCCGUGUGUGUCCGGCUGAUGGGGGUGAGUGUGCGGCGGGCGCUCGGCUCGGAGUCUCGGUGUAAUAAUAUGUGAGUGCGGUGGACAGCCGAGGCCGGGGCCUUCUGUUGUUUUGUGGCCUGGGCAGGGAAACGCUUCCUCUGCACCGGAUCAUCAGCGUUAAUCACGGCCCGGAGAUUACAGGGAGGCUCUGUGGACUCGGGUCGGGGGGGGGGAUAGAUGCCGUGUGGAGCCCCAGAGCCGGAGCAAAGUGUAUGGAUGAAUGCACUGCCCCUCAUGUGACAGAUCUGACUGAGGCUCAUCAGGAGGACGGGGGCGCCCCCUCCAUCAUGAGGGACUUCUAGGGCCAAACACUGUUCAUUCACAGAGGGGGGGCGCGGGUUGUUUCCUGCUCACUAUCUUGAUUCGUCAGGGUUCCUCGAUGCUCUGUUUCAUGAUACGAGCCCCGGGCUGCAGCAGCCUGAUGGUGAGCAGGCAGGGACAUUAAUUUAGAGGAAGUGGGUCAGAUCCUUGUUGGUAUUAUGAUAAGGAGGGACUCCCCGCAGGCCCACAGGAGCUGUUGUUGGAGCAUUUAAAGGCCAGACCUGAUUGCUACAUGUUCCUGUAGUGGCCGUGUUGCAGCCUGGUAGCCAUUAUCAUCACUUUGGACGCUUUCUGCAUCAUUUUAUGGCUCUUUGCGGCACAGCAGCUACAAAUGUUACAAAAAUGAUGGCUGCUUACAACGGAGGCUCCUCAGCAGUGGCUGCCCAUCAUCCGCAUCACCACCACCAGCUGCAGCACCUCCCGCCCCCCCACAUGCACCACCACCACGCGGGCCAGCAUCACCUGCAGCAUCCUGGUUCCGCCGCCGCCGUCCACACGGUCCAACAGCACGGCUCCACGGCGGCUGCUGCUGCUGCGGCGGCGGUGAUGCUGAACCCCGGCCAGCAGCAGCCCUACUUCCCCUCUCCGGCCCCCGGUCAAGCCCCAGGGCCGGCGGCGGCUGCGGCUCCCGCACAGGUUCAAGCGGCUGCUGUUGUCAAAGCUCAUCAGCACCAUCAGCACCAUCAGCAGCACCAGCAGCAGCAGCAGCAGCACCUCCAGCAGCAGCUCGACAUAGAGCCCGACAGACCCAUCGGAUAUGGAGCGUUUGGGGUCGUCUGGUCCGUGACGGAUCCCAGGGACGGGAAGCGGGUCGCCCUCAAAAAGAUGCCCAAUGUCUUCCAGAACCUCGUUUCCUGUAAGAGGGUUUUCCGGGAGCUGAAGAUGCUGUGCUUCUUCAAACAUGAAAAUGUGCUCUCUGCUCUGGACAUGCUGCAGCCUCCACACAUCGACUACUUUGAAGAAAUCUAUGUGGUAACUGAACUGAUGCAAAGUGACCUCCAUAAGAUCAUCGUCUCACCGCAGCCUCUGAGCGCAGACCACGCCAAAGUUUUCCUCUACCAGAUCCUACGAGGGCUGAAAUAUCUUCACUCUGCUGGCAUCCUUCACCGAGACAUCAAACCUGGCAACCUCCUGGUCAACAGCAACUGUGUGCUCAAGAUCUGUGACUUCGGCCUGGCCCGGGUGGAGGAGACAGACGAGUCACGCCACAUGACUCAGGAAGUGGUGACACAGUACUACCGCGCUCCGGAGAUCCUCAUGGGGAGCCGACACUACUCCAACUCCAUCGACAUCUGGUCUGUGGGCUGCAUCUUCGCUGAGCUGCUGGGCCGACGGAUCCUCUUCCAGGCCCAGAGCCCGAUCCAGCAGCUGGAUUUAAUCACAGACCUGUUAGGGACGCCGUCUCUGGAGGCAAUGAGGACGGCGUGUGAAGGAGCUCGCACUCACAUCCUCAGAGGGCCUCACAAACAGCCGUCACUUCCUGUUCUCUACACUCUGUCGAGCCAGGCGACCCAUGAAGCGGUCCACCUCCUCUGCAGGAUGCUGGUGUUUGAUCCGUCGAAGCGGAUUUCAGCGAAGGACGCCCUGGCUCACCCGUACCUGGACGAAGGUCGCCUGAGAUACCACACCUGCAUGUGCAAAUGCUGCUACACCACGGCGUCCGGCCGCGUUUAUACCAGUGACUUCGAGCCCGUGACCAACCCCAAGUUUGAUGACGGCUUCGAGAAGAACCUGAGCUCUGUGAGGCAGGUCAAAGAGAUCAUCCAUCAGUUCAUUCUGGAGCAGCAGAAGGGGAGUCGAGUGCCUCUCUGCAUCAACCCUCAGUCAGCUGCUUUCAAAAGCUUCAUCAGCUCCACAGUGGCUCAGCCAUCUGAGAUGCCUCCGUCUCCCCUGGUGUGGGAAUAACCUCUGCUGUGCGCCAUCAGCGUCUCUCCUGACAGGCUGCUAAACUGGGAUCAAGAGCGUCUGGUGGCGUCUGCGUAGCAUUUCACUGGAGAGCAGGACUCGCCUGCAGGUCUUCUGAGACUCACCUGCAGGUCUACUGAAACAACACGACUCACCUGCACAUCUACUGAAACAACUCAACUCACCUGCAGGUCCGCCGAGACUCAUCUGCAGGUCUGCCGAGACUCAUCUGCAGGUCUUUGGCGGAGGGUGGGACUUAAACUCUGUAGACCAAAUCAGAAUGUUUUAAACGAACCCAUCUGAUCACUUAGAGGUUUUACUGUUAGUGCAUCUUAAUGAAGUAUGUUUCUGUUGAUAUAAAUAUAUAUUAAUACAAAUUUAAAAAGAUAUUUAUUUAAAAAUGACCACUUGUUAUGAUAAGAGAUGUUCCAACACCAAAACCAGCCUGGAGCCUGAACCUCCGGGUCAAAGAUCAGAGAGAACAAGAGUCUAUGCACCAAUCAGAGACCAUCGUUUAUUAACACAGAGUUUAAUCGACUGGCUUCUCUGGAAUUCAGUUCUUCUUGCACACAAUGAGCUGCUCUGUGCUGCCUCCAUUGUGGCGCCUUUCUGCAACUACAGUUUCCACUAGAGUCAGAGUAACAGACCGGAAACUGUCGUCAGGUCAGCAUUCACCUGAUGUGAACAAACGAGAGAGCAGUGCUUACAGGAAACAAAAGAAACAGACACUUUUUAAAAGGUUUCAUUGUUCGUCCCACAGGACACAGCAGGUCUGAGGGGCUGCAAGCUGAGCUGCUGCUGCUUAUGUGUAAGCUCUCUAGAAACUGAGCGGGAGAGAGAGAGAGAGAGAGAGCGGGCUAGGCAUAGAGAGCGAGCGAGCAGGCUGUGUCUAACUGAUCCUCUGCACACGGUUAUUCAUUAGUGAUCUCAAAGAGAUGAUAAAUAAAAGUGUCCUACAGUUUCUUUCUAGGUUCAGAGCCGGAUUUUAAGUCAAUCUGGGUAUUGGAACAUCUCUGAUCACAAUCGGGCUGUUUGUGUUAUCUCGCCCACCCUCACCUGCACAGGUGAAUCAAAUCCAAAUUCUUCUUCAGACAAUCGAUUGUAAAUGUGUUUGGAGGCUUAAGGCAAUUGAGAAAUUCCCUCUGGUAAGACUUUGCACUUGAGCACAUUAAAACUUAAUUUAUAAAAUGAA